AUGGAUGAGGAGUCAGACAAUCCGCUAUUGGCCUUCAAUGGUUCUAACGGGCUUCAAAGUGACCCCACUAUACCGAAUGGCUUAGAUGGUUCGGUGGCCGAUCCGACUAUAGCAGACCCAACGGCGAUUGCAUCUAAAAAGAGAAGGCCUCAGGUAAAACUAACGGCAGAAAAGUUGCUUAGUGAUAAGGGUCUGCCAUACGUUUUGAAGAACGCGCAUAAAAGAAUACGAAUCUCCUCGAGGAAGAACCCUUAUGAUAACUUAUCAAAUAUCAUACAGUUUUACCAGCUCUGGGCACAUGAAUUGUUUCCUAAGGCAAAAUUCAAGGAUUUCAUGAAGAUCUGUCAAACAGUAGGCAAAACAGAUCCAGUUUUGAGAGAGUACAGAGUAAGCCUUUUUAGAAAUGAGAUGGGCGUGAGUUUAAAUGUUGAUACAGGGGAGGCUGAGCAAGAGCUAGAAACACAAGAGCCUAUAACUACAGAACAUGCCGAUGCUACGAACGCGGAACUAGUUACAGCGGCCUCACUCAAUAUACAAGAUAAUGGCAACGACGACAAUGGUGACGACAACGAAGAAGACGACGAUAUCUAUCACCUUUCUGCGAGUAACAGAAGAAAGAGAGUUCUGGAUGAAGAGGAGAAUGAUGCAGCAGUCUUGGGAACUCAAGGCCUUUCAAGCGUUAAGAAUAUACCGUCUAAGGAACCAUAUACAGUACUGAAAAAAUUUAAGGAACAAGGGCCUGCUGAACUGAACACAGAUGAGAAGAAACUCUUAUCAAGAUGGCUAGAUGAGCAUAGGAGUAUGGAGAAGGUUUUAAUGACUGAAGAAGAUAUUCAACUAUUACGAAAGCUGGAAGAUUGGGAGAUGAACGAUGCAGAAGUAGCAAUGACAUAUAAUGAUUUUGUAACAGGAGAGGAUGAUUUUGAUAUUGACCAAGAUGAGAUAGAUGCCAUGAAAGAAAUGGGAUUCUAA